AUGCACCGCUCCGCCCGGCGUUUGGUUAACCUUCACUCCCGACACACACCGCGUCGCAAUGUCAUUCCUUCAUUCACUCGCAUUGCUUUCGCAAGACAAUACGCUUCUCAAAGUGAGCAACCUGUGGCCAACCAUCAACAACUGCUUCAAGAAAAGGACCAACGUAUCACUGAACUUCAGGAAGCCUUCCAACAAUGUGUCAAGGACAAUGAGACUUUGCAAGGUCGAUCCCAACAAGAAAUUGCCAACACACGCGACUAUGCAAUCUCAAAGUUUGCCAAGGAUCUUUUGGAUACUGUGGAUGUGUUGGGCAUGGCAUUAGCCUCUGUACCUGCCAACAUGCGCAAAGCUGAUACCAAUACAGCCCCUGCUGAAAAGUCUUUGGAUCAACUUGUCAACUUUUACACUGGUGUCUCUAUGACAGAUGCAGAGCUCAGCAAGACGCUUAAGCGACAUGGCCUUGAAGCCUUCAAGCCUACAUUAGGAGAAAAGCUGGAUCCCAAGCGUGCUACAGCUGCAUUUCAAAAGGUGAUGCCUGGCAAGGAACCUGGUACUAUCUUCACUGUCAAGAAGCCUGGAUACACAUUGCAUGGCAAGCUCUUGCGACAAGCUCAAGUGGGUGUGGUGGCUGAAAAGCGAGGUAUGGCCACUGCUGCCAAUGCCACGGUGAACAAUCCCCCCAAGACAACUUUGCUCUUCUCCAUCACUGAUAAGGUGGGCGCACUUGAGAAUUGUCUUUCAGCUAUCAAGGCAAUGGAUGUCUCUUUGACUCGUAUUGAAUCUCGGCCAAGCAAGACUGCUGGUUGGGAUUACGAUUUCUUUGUGGAUCUUGAUGCUGUAAACACAAAUCAGGUGAAUCAAGUCGUGGAAAGGCUUCGAAAGCAUACCGCGGAUGUGCGUGUCAUUGGUGCCGAGGUCCAAAAUAGUGUUCCUUGGUUCCCACGCAAAAUGGCUGAUUUGGAUACCUUUGCUGAAAAGGUGCUUGAGAUGGGCGAGGAGCUGAGCUCGGAUCACCCUGGAGCACAUGACCCAGCAUACCGUGAGCGACGAGCUGAUAUCACUCGCAAGGCUAAAGCCUUCCGUACUGGUGAUCCUGUACCACAUGUCAACUAUACACCUGAAGAAGUCGAUACUUGGGGUAUCAUUUAUCGUAAGCUGACGGCUAUGUAUCGUACCCAUGCUUGCAGAGAGCAUCAAUACGUCUUCCCUCUCUUGGAACAAAAUUGUGGUUACUCCGAUAAGAACAUCCCUCAACUUGAGACCGUGUCAAAGUUCCUUAAAGACUGCACUGGUUUUACAAUUCGACCUGUCAUGGGCUUGCUUACCAGCCGCGACUUUUUAAACGCAUUUGCCUUCCGUGUCUUCCACUCCACUCAGUAUAUUCGUCAUCACUCGAGACCUCUUUACACUCCAGAGCCUGAUGUUUGCCAUGAAUUGCUUGGUCAUGCUCCUUUGUUUGCUGAUCCCGAUUUUGCCGAUUUUUGUCAUGAAAUUGGUUUGGCAUCUUUGGGUGCAUCCGAUGAGGAUAUCAAGAAGCUUGCAACCAUCUUUUGGUUCACUGCAGAGUUCGGCUUGUGUCGACAAGGUGAUGAGAUCAAGGCUUAUGGUGCUGGUUUAUUGAGUUCAUUUGGCGAGUUGGAUUACAGCCUUUCUGAUAAGCCUGAUCUCCGACCAUUUGAGCCUUCCAAGACUGCUGUUCAACCUUAUCCUAUCACCGAGUUCCAACCUGUGUACUUUGUGGCUGAUUCAUUUAAGGAUGCCCAAGAAAAGGUGCGCGACUUUGCUUCAACCAUGAACAGACCUUUCUCUGUAAGAUAUAAUGCAUUGACCCAAAGCGUUGAGGUGCUUGAUAGCAAGGAUAAGGUCGUCCGAUUUGCCAAGGGUAUUCGCGAUGAUAUGAAGACUUUGACCAAUGUUAUAGAAUCCUUGGCGUAA